UCCCUCUUUCUUUCUUUCCCAUCUCGCUUUUCAUCCCCUUGUUCUCCCCGCCCGGCAGGGGAGUUCGGGGAGGUGUGCCGGGGCCGGCUCAAGGUGCCCGGGAAGAAGGAGAGCUGCGUGGCCAUCAAGACGCUGAAGGGGGGGUACACAGAGCGGCAGCGCCGGGAGUUCCUCAGCGAGGCCAGCAUCAUGGGGCAGUUUGAGCACCCCAACAUCAUCCGGCUGGAGGGGGUGGUGACCAGCAGCACCCCAGUCAUGAUCCUCACCGAGUUCAUGGAGAACGGGGCACUCGACUCCUUCCUGCGGCUGAACGAGGGGCAGUUCGCGCCCAUCCAGCUGGUGGGGAUGCUGCGGGGCAUCGCCUCGGGGAUGCGCUAUCUGGCCGAGAUGAGCUACGUGCACCGGGACCUGGCCGCCCGCAACAUCCUGGUUAACUGCAACCUGGUCUGCAAAGUCUCCGACUUCGGCCUCUCCCGCUUUCUGGAGGAGAACUCCUCUGACCCCACCUACACCAGCUCCCUGAAUGUGACCUACGUGGGCAUCCACGUCCGGAGGGGGGACUAUGUCCGGGUGAUGCCCCAGGUUCGGAAGGGGGUAGUGGCGGACAAGGCCUACCUGGAGAAGGCCAUGGGCUACUUCCGGGCCAAGUACCAGGAGCCGAUCUUCGUGGUGACCAGCAACGGGAUGGAGUGGUGCCGGGAGAACAUCAACGCCUCGCGGGGGGACGUGUAUUUCUCGGGGGACGGGAAGGAGUCGUCACCGGGGAGAGAUUUUGCUCUCUUGGUCCAUUGCAACCACACGAUCAUGACCAUCGGGACCUUCGGCAUCUGGGCCAGUUACCUGGCUGGGGGGGAGACCAUCUAUUUGGCCAACUACAUGCUCCCUGAUUCCCCUUACCAGCAGCACUUGAAGCCUUCGGCAGCCUUCCUGCCCAAGUGGAUUGGGAUUGAUGCCGAUCUCUCCCCACUGCUGAAUGGGAGCUAUAAAAAUAAUAAAUAACAAAUGGAAGAAAGGGGCAAUGGAUAGUAAUAUAUAUAAAUCAGAAACUAGGGAUCGUAGAAAAUUGAUAAGGGAAGCAAAGGAACUCAUGGAGACGUCUAUGGCAAGCAAAGUUAAAGACAUACCUUGGGUUU